UGAGCCGGAUUGCAGCUAUAUAUACCUCCCUUGGUGAUGAUGUAUUGCAUGGUUCCAGCCCAAUUGAAUUCCCUUCUCCUUCUCCCCUUCGGCUCUUCAUAUUAAAGAAAGAAGAAGAAAACAGCCGCUCCUCCCGUUUAAUAUCACCUUCAGCACAUCUUAGGGCCAAAUAUGGAACGCAAUCAACUGCGACGAAAACUUGCUAAUAUGAGACAAUCUCUCUUUGAACAGGGGUAUCUAGACGAACAAUUCACUCAGCUGGAGGAGCUGCAGGAUGAUGCUAAUCCUAACUUUGUAGAAGAAGUUGUCACAUUGUUCUAUAGGGAUUCAGCCCGAACAAUCCAAAAUAUUGAGCAAGCACUGGAGAAGAACCCUCUUGAUUUCGCUCAACUGGAUAGCUACAUGCACCAGUUCAAAGGAAGCUGUUCAAGCAUUGGAGCCGUGAAGGUUAAAGGUGAAAGCACGCAAUUCAGGAAUUACUGCAAAGAAGGAAAUGCAGAAGGAUGCAGGAGAACUUUCCACCAGCUAAAGAAAGAAUAUGCUGCACUCAAAAAGAAGCUGGAGCUUUAUUUUCAGUAUGCAAGACAAGCUGGACCAGAUGAGACAGCGUGUCGCCCAAAGUAAUCAGUGAAGAAUCUUAGCAGAAGUGGGCGGACAAAGAUACAAGUUAGCUAGCUGGUGAUCAGGAGAGUGUUCAGGCAAAUUGUUGGAGUAUGAUCUCUGUAGUCUGUAAUAGUCUGUAUGCGUGCAUGAUGCAUUGCACUAUCGUGGAUAUAUUAUGCGCCCCUUUUGCUAUAAUA